AUGGAUUUGAUGGCACAUAACAUGCAUAGUGUACUGACGGAGACUUGUUCGCAGUUUCUAGAGGAUCCAUGGAAUGUGGACAGUCAGCAACUGUCAACGAGGAAAUCAAAUCCAUUGCAGGUGAUCACGAACUCGAGUACAAGAACCAUCUCAAAGACCUUGGCAGGCUCUCAGGACUCGAAGGCACUCACGGGGGAAGCAGGUAAGCCAGGAGCUCGUGGGGCAUCGGAGAGGACAGCAGUCGCCGAGGGAGCAGAUAGAAAGGGAGCAGACAAGAGGUUUCAUCCGACGGUGAAGAGCGAUUUGCCGGAGGAUGGUAGCCCGAUCUUACACGUGACUGAACCCAACGUGAGGGUAGACCGCAACCCUGAAAUGCGCCAGCCGCCUGUCAUGGCGAUCAAGCGAGAGGACGUUGCAGUUGCAGAGUCGCCAUGGCCAAACGAGAAGGACCAGUUGCUCCACAUCAUCCGGAGUUGGACGAACUUCCUUGUCCUCUUCUCCUCCUCCGACCGCAUCGAAGACGUCCACCGCAGCUUCUUCGUGGAGGGGAAACAUCGGGCUAUCUUCUACAGGAAAGGAGGGAAGCUGGACCCAAAGGCUGUACAGCAUGUUCAGUUCCAUGUGGAUCAACGGCGUCAUUGUGUCUUCGUGCUGCUGGAAGGAGGCUACCCCAACGGAAGUGAAGGAGGCGCGGACGUUCGUGCUCCGUGGUCCAGGCUGAUGGAACGGAUCCGACCUGGAGGAUCGACCUUCGUUCAAGUCCCCCUGAGGCAUCAGGAGCGAGUGAGGCUGAGCUUCCUGGCUGCUGGGACGGAGGAUGCAGAGAUCGUGAGCGCUGAAGAGCUGGAGAGGGAGGGCCUGUCUGCUCGGGUGUACAGGGUAGGGGAAAAGAACCAGAGGAACCAUGAGUCCGAUGAUGUCACCAACGUCUUCGUGAAACAUGUGGUGGUGGCGUGGACGGACUAUGUCGUCCACUGCUGCUCGUCCAAUAGGCUGAGGGACUCGGUGGCUCAACAGACGAUCGAGAGCAAGCAUCAGUGUGUAGUGCAUCGCAAGGCAGAGGGAGGGCUUGGGAUGGUGGACGACGUUCAGAUCCUGUUGCACGAGGAGAGCAGCUCAGUGCUCCUCCUCUUUGAAGGCGGCUACCCCAGGGGCUUCGAGGCGUGGGCUAGCGUGCACGCUCCCUGGGGGAAUGCCUUGGAGCAGUGGAUUAAAGUCCCUCCUGGGGGUUCGGUCAUCGUCCAAAUCCCCCUGCGGCAAAGUCCGCCUGCCAUGGCCGAGGAUGUCGGCAUGGCGCCGGGAGGGGCAGAGGCUGGCAAGUACGUGGCCGCCGAACUAAAGCUCGGCGCCGUUCAGGAGUCGACGUUGGGGGUGAGGCACUUCCUGGGGCUGAGCCAGUCGGAGUAUGGGGAACUGCUGGUGGACGGGGUGGCAGGGAUAGUGAGGGAGAUCGAGGAGCAUGGAGAGCAGAGCGACAUUGACAACUUGCGGUACAUACUGGCCGGGACUGCGGGGGACGAGAAGUGGAUCCCCCCGCAUGUCAAGGCGCAGUUGGCUUCGAGGCAGUACCACGGAGGAGCGAUCGAGGAGGAGGACUACGACUACUUGCACAGGGGGAUGACGCUGGAGGACUUCUUGCACCACCCUCACAGCGUGCGGGCGAAGUUGUCCAAGGAGAACGUGCUCGCUCUCCGGUUGUACACCUCCGACACGUUCAGGCUCAUCAACAAGUACCUUCGUGCGCCGAUCAAGCGCCACCCACUCGCCAUGACGGUCAUGUACCUCACUGAAGGAAUCUGCAAACUCCGCAUCGUCAACCUGGACAACUUAGAGCCUGGCAGGCGGUAUACUCUAUGGCGCGGGGUGAAGGACAAAGUGGUCCCAAGGGAGUUUGGGCUGAGAGGAGGGACGGAGUUCGCAUGCAUGUCGACCACAGCAUGCAAGGCGAUAGCGGACAAGUACGCGGCUAGCGAGACCCCGCUGCUGUUUGAAAUCCAAGUCAAACCAAUCCAGAUGGGCAGCUCCCUGCAGUUCCUGUCGGUCUACCCCAAGGAGGAGGAGUACCUGUACCCUGCUCUGACGUACCUCGACCCUGUCUGCGAGGAGCCGAGGAGGGAGGGGAGAAACGUUACGGUCUGGAUGGUGAAUCCCUUCGUUCCCACCUCGUGA